AUGAAGGAGUUUGUCUCUGCACCGAAAAUAUUCCUUUCCAGGGUCUAUUCAGAUUCUAUGAUGAUAGUGCACUCAUCAUCACCUUCUUCAUCAUCGCAGUCAUCAUCUUCAUCCUCUUCACCUCCGUAUCUCUCUCCAGAUUCUCUCUCUUCUGAUUCUAGCACUAGCUCAAAGUACUUUUCAGAAUCCUCGCUAGAUUCUCCUUCACCAGCUUCAUGUUCUCUUCCAGUAUCUUCAACCUUGUCUAAUUUAUCUAACUUGUCUCUCACAUCUAAAUCUUCUUCCCAACCGUUAUCGAAUACUUCUGGAUUUCAUGGUGUCAAUAUGUCCGAGCAAUGCUCACCUGCAACUUCCUUGCCAUCCCAAAAGUCUUCGCUUUCGCUUGCUGAGCGCAGAGGUAGCUUGUCAAAGUCUUUGAAGCUGCCAAUGGUGACUGAUAAUAUGAGGGUGAGUAAUACACUUCCAAAUUCUCUUGCCAACCAGGAAGAGGGUGCUAGGAUAGAUGAGAAAACUUUCUCUUGGUGUGAUUCAAAUAGUAUAGACAUUGUUUUUGAGUCCAAGGAAGAUGUUAAAGGAGGUAGACAUUCAAUUCAACAGCGCAAGCCGAACAUAUCUCUGGAUAGAGUAGCUAGUUCUGACUUAUAUCACAAGGAAGCCUCCAUUGUAAAUAAUUUUGAUGAACUGGGUAAAAAUUGCCCUGUGGGAGAAGGCUCGGGGUGUUCUGUGUCGAAUGGGAUGGAGGAAAGUGUUGCAGCAAGUUGUAACACAAUGCAACCUUUGGUAUGCCGCUGGCCCAGUUUAGAAAGAAUUGCAGCGUUGGGUACUAGUGAUUUGGAUUCUAAAGCAGCCUUUGCCAUUUUAGUGCCAACUGGAGGUAUAGGCAGAGAUGGGACUAGGAUUCUAUACUUUUGGGUAGGAAAAUCUUUGUUUGAUGAGAAAAGCCUGAUUCAGUUAGAUAGGCGCAGACCAUUAGCAGAUUCUGAACAUAUUGACUGGAGUCAAGCUGGGCAUCAUGUUCUAACUCAAAUGGGUCUUCCGAAGGAUGUCACUGUUAAGGUGGUCAAAGAAGAUGAAGAACCAGCAGAAUUGCUUGCGUUGUUGAGUGCAUUGUAG